AUGCCCCUCACCACCCUCCCCAACGAGCUCCUCAUCCUAAUUACCUGUACCUUCCGGGCACGGGACCUGCUGAACCUCACCAGCACCUGCCGCAACCUCUACCACCGACUGUCCGCGCUGCUCCCUCCCAUCGCGCUUACCGACCACCUCCGCGCCACCCCGGCGCUCAAAUCCGCCCUCCGGCGAUGCUGCGAGGUAGACAACGCCGAACUCACCCUGCACCUUUUAUACCUCUCCCGCGCCCCCCCCGUAAACGCUUGGUUCAGCGACACAUUCGGACUCGAGACCGCGCUGCACGUAUCCAGCGCGCACGGCAGCCUUUGUGUCACGCGGUUGCUACUCUUCCUGGGGGCAGACGUGAACGCGCGGGAUAUUGGACGUAUAACGCCGCUGCACGCGGCUGCGGCGGGGGUCGGGUGUCGCGGUGGUCAUCCCGAGGUCGUGAGAUUGCUGCUGGAUAGUGGUGCGGAGGUACACGCCUUCGCGGCCGGGGAUGCGUCACCGCUCUUGUUUGCGUGUGUUGGUGGGAACACAGAGGUGGUGAGGGUGCUCGUGAAAUAUGGCGCGGAGUACGCUGCCCACAGGCGCAGCCAAAAUAAUGUCUAA